GACUUUUCAUGGAAACUAAUUACGGGAUACGCAGGCUAACGACUAACGAAAACGGAGUGUACCUGGACGGACGUAUGCAAUAUAUACAGAAUGAAAAAUCAAAAUAGGCUGAGAAUAAAAGCUAGCGCCAACAUUGAACAGGCAACCGGGAUUGAUGGCCGGCUGCAACUCAAUCUCUAAAGCUCCGCCUUCCUGGUUUUCUCAGUGUUGGUCCUCGGCUCGCAGGACCAAAACUUUAAAUUUUCCCUUUGACACUAUCCUCGCUGCAAAUCCAUCCGAUGGGCUCGUACGCCGCCUCGGUCUCUUCGAUCUUAUACUCAUCGGGGUCGGUGCCUCCGUCGGCGCCGGUAUCUUCGUUGUCACCGGAACCGUCGCUCGCGACGCAGGACCUGGGGUCACAAUUAGUUUUAUACUGGCUGGAGUAUCAUGUAUAUUUAAUGCACUCUGUUAUGCUGAACUGGCUUCUCGUUUCCCUGCUGUUGUUGGAGGAGCAUACUUAUAUGCAUAUUCAGCUUUCAAUGAAAUCACUGCUUUCCUCGUUUUUGGUCAACUGAUGCUUGAUUACCACAUUGGGGCAGCUAGCAUAGCACGAAGUUUAGCAAGUUAUGUAGUCACAAUUUUGGAACUCUUUCCUCUUUUCAGAGAUCACAUUCCAAGCUGGAUUGGACAUGGUGGUCAAGAAUUCCUUGGAGGAACACUCUCUAUCAACAUAUUAGCACCAAUUCUCCUUGCUCUUCUGACUGUAAUUCUGUGUUGGGGUGUUGGAGAAUCUUCUAUGUUGAACUCUCUCAUGACUGUGACAAAGGUUGUUAUCGUUAUUAUUGUCAUCUUUGUGGGUGCUUUUGAGGUUGAUGUUUCAAAUUGGUCUCCUUUUGCUCCAAAGGGUGCUAAAGCAAUAUUGACCGGUGCAACUGUUGUAUUUUUUGCAUAUGUUGGGUUUGAUGCUGUUGCAAAUUCAGCUGAAGAAGCAAAGAGACCACAGCGGGAUUUGCCACUGGGCAUCAUAGGAAGCCUUUUAAUAUGCAUUGUCUUGUAUAUUGGAGUUUGUUUAGUGAUCACUGGGAUGGUACCUUACAAUCUCCUUGGUGAAGAUGCUCCUUUGGCUGAGGCCUUCAAGUCCAAGGGCUUGAAGUAUGUUUCUGUUUUAAUCAGCAUAGGUGCUGUUGCUGGACUUACAACCACUCUUUUAGUUGGCCUUUAUGUUCAGUCUCGGUUGUACCUGGGGCUUGGAAGGGAUGGUCUACUGCCUUCAAUAUUUGCUAAAGUGCACCCAACACACCAUACUCCUAUCCAUUCUCAAGUUUGGGUUGGUAUUGUUGCCAGCAUUUUGGGGGGAUUAUUUAAUGUGCACAUGCUUUCACACAUUCUUUCUGUCGGCUCAUUGACAGGUUAUUCUGUUGUUUCAGCUUGUGUAGUAACUCUGCGCUGGAAGGAUAAGGCACCGAGUCAAGUUUCCUCAAGGUGGACUUCAGCCUGGCAGGAAGGUGUCAUUUGCCUUAUCAUAGUUGCCUGCUGUGGCUUCGGUGCUGGUCUCUUUUAUCGAUAUGGUGCUUCAAUUGUGUUUUUGGUUGUAGCAGUUGUUAUAGCUGUACUUGCUGCUGCAGCUCUUUACUUACGCCAAGUUUACACAGAUCCUCCUGGGUUUUCUUGUCCUUGGGUUCCAAUUGUGCCAGUUGUUGGCAUCUUCUUCAAUAUCUUCCUGUUUGCUCAGCUGCACCAUGAAGCAUGGGUAAGAUUCGUUGUCCUUAGCAUCAUCAUGGCGGCAAUAUAUGCAUUUUAUGGGCAAUAUAAUGCUAAACCAAGUUCAGAUGACAUAGUUAUUUACCAGAGAGCUCCUGCGGAAGCAACACAUAUUCAUUAGUUACUAAAUGUUCGGUGUUAGGCAACGAGGUGUGGUUGUAGCAAUGGUUGUGUUGUAUAUUUGUAUUUACACUGUAUCAUCUGUAAAGCCAUUUGUAUGAGCCUUUUGUGUAACAAUACAUUUAUUAUAGGAAUCCUCUUUUAGAAAUGGAGAUGUCUUGGAACGGAAGAAUGAAAUAAAGGUGAAUACGUUAUACA